ACUACAAAUCCCAGCAUGCCCCGGGAUGCACCGGUCCUCGCCCCUCGCCGGUUCCGCCCCCUUUCCCCACAGCCCCCGCCCGCCGGGCUGGUCUCGGAGAGUUUGUUCGGUGGCCGUGGCCGACGGAGCUGCAACGAGAACCCCAGCAGCGGCACGAUGGGUGACUCCAAAGUGAAAGUGGCGGUGCGGGUCCGGCCAAUGAACCGACGAGAAAUUGACUUACAUACCAAAUGUGUGGUGGAUGUCGAAGCAAACAAAGUUAUUCUGAAUCCUGUAAAUACAAAUCUUUCCAAAGGAGAUGCCCGGAGCCAGCCAAAGAUAUUUGCUUAUGAUCACUGUUUCUGGUCCAUGGAUGAAUCCGUCCGAGAGAAGUAUGCAGGUCAAGAUGAUGUUUUCAAGUGCCUUGGAGAGAACAUCCUUCAGAACGCAUUUGAUGGCUACAAUGCCUGUAUCUUUGCCUAUGGGCAGACAGGGUCUGGAAAGUCUUAUACCAUGAUGGGCACAGCCGACCAACCUGGACUAAUCCCCAGACUCUGCAGUGGACUCUUCGAACGAACCCAGAAGGAGGAAAAUGAAGAGCAGAGCUUUAAAGUCGAGGUGUCCUACAUGGAGAUUUAUAAUGAAAAAGUCCGAGACCUUCUUGACCCCAAAGGAAGCCGCCAGACCCUGAAGGUGAGAGAGCACAGUGUGUUGGGACCCUAUGUGGAUGGACUUUCUAAACUGGCUGUCACGAGCUACAAGGAUAUUGAGUCCCUGAUGUCCGAGGGCAACAAGUCUCGGACAGUUGCCGCCACCAACAUGAAUGAAGAGAGCAGCCGGUCCCACGCAGUCUUCAAAAUCACCCUGACGCACACUCUGUAUGAUGUGAAGUCUGGGACAUCUGGAGAGAAAGUGGGCAAGCUAAGCUUAGUGGAUUUAGCUGGCAGUGAACGAGCCACGAAAACUGGAGCUGCGGGCGACAGGCUGAAGGAGGGCAGCAACAUCAACAAGUCCCUCACAACCUUGGGUCUGGUUAUCUCGGCCCUAGCCGAUCAGGGUGCUGGUAAAAACAAAAAUAAAUUUGUUCCUUAUCGGGACUCCGUUCUCACAUGGCUGCUCAAGGACAGUCUGGGGGGUAAUAGCAAGACCGCCAUGGUGGCCACUGUGAGCCCAGCCGCUGAUAACUAUGACGAAACCCUGUCAACCCUGAGGUAUGCAGAUCGAGCAAAGCACAUCGUCAACCACGCUGUGGUGAAUGAGGAUCCUAACGCAAGAAUUAUCCGAGAUCUCCGGGAAGAGGUGGAGAAGCUCCGGGAGCAGCUGACCAAGGCAGAGGCAAUGAAAUCUCCGGAGCUGAAAGACCGUCUGGAAGAAUCCGAGAAGCUCAUCCAGGAAAUGACCGUGACCUGGGAGGAGAAACUAAGGAAGACUGAGGAGAUCGCACAGGAGCGGCAGAAGCAGCUUGAGAGCCUUGGGAUAUCUCUUCAGACUUCUGGAAUCAAAGUUGGGGACGACAAGUGCUUCCUGGUUAACUUGAACGCUGACCCCGCUCUGAAUGAGCUCCUGGUGUACUACUUAAAGGAGCACACACUGAUAGGGUCAGCAAAUUCCCAGGACAUCCAGCUCUGCGGGAUGGGCAUUCUUCCCGAGCACUGUAUCAUAGACAUCACGCCUGAAGGCCAGGUCAUGCUGACCCCUCAGAAGAAUACCAGAACAUUUGUAAAUGGGUCUUCUGUCUCCAGCCCCAUCCAGCUGCACCAUGGGGACAGGAUACUAUGGGGAAACAACCAUUUCUUCAGACUCAACCUGCCAAAAAAGAAAAAGAAAGCUGAACAAGAGGAUGAGGAGCAUGAGACCUCCCUGAAGAACGACAGCAGUUGUGAGCACCUGGAUGCUGACGGGGACUCCUCCAGUGAGGUGUCCAGCGAGGUCAACUUCAACUUCGAGUAUGCACAGAUGGAGGUGACCAUGAAGGCCCUUGGCAGCAACGAUCCAAUGCAGUCCAUAUUGAACAGCCUAGAACAGCAGCAUGAGGAGGAAAAGCGGUCUGCUCUGGAGCGCCAGAGGCUCAUGUACGAACAUGAGCUGGAACAGCUCCGAAGAAGGCUGUCUCCUGAGAGGCAGAACUGCCGAGGUGUGGACCGGCUCUCCUUCCACUCACCCAGUGCCCAGCAGCGCCUGAGACAGUGGGCUGAGGAGAGAGAAGCAACAUUGAAUAACAGCUUGAUGAGGCUGAGGGAGCAGAUUGUAAAGGCCAACCUGCUGGUUCGAGAAGCUAGUUACAUUGCAGAGGAGCUGGAUAAAAGAACUGAGUAUAAAGUUACCCUGCAGAUUCCAGCCUCCAGCCUGGAUGCCAACAGGAAGCGAGGCUCUCUCCUCAGUGAGCCUGCCAUUCAGGUGAGAAGGAAAGGCAAAGGAAAGCAGAUUUGGUCUUUGGAAAAGCUGGAAAACAGGCUUCUGGAUAUGCGAGACCUCUACCAGGAGUGGAAGGAGUGUGAGGAAGACAGCCCGGUCAUCCGGUCCUACUUCAAGCGUGCUGACCCAUUCUAUGAUGAGCAGGAAAACCACAGUCUAAUUGGUGUGGCCAAUGUCUUCCUGGAGACCCUGUUUUAUGAUGUGAAGUUACAGUAUGCUGUGCCAAUCAUCAACCAGAAGGGAGAGGUGGCAGGUCGACUGCAUGUGGAGGUCAUGCGGCUCAGUGGGGCCAUCGGGGAGAGGAUUGUAGGAGGCGAUGAUGCUACAGAGGUCAGCUCUGAAAAGGAAGCCCAGGAGAACAGGCUGGUCUGCAUGGUUAAAAUACUCCAAGCCACAGGGUUGCCGCAGCAUCUGUGCAACUUUGUAUUCUGCAAAUACGACUUCUGGGAUCAGCAGGAGCCAGUGACUGUUGCCCCCGAAGUGGAUACCUCUUCGUCUCCCACCAGCAAGGAGCCACAGUGUAUGGUUGUGUUCGACCAUUGCAGUGAGUUCAAUGUGAACAUCACAGAAGACUUCAUUGAGUAUCUCUCAGAUGGGGCACUGGCCAUUGAAGUAUAUGGACAUAAAAUGAAUGAUCCUCGGAAAAACCCAGCCCUGUGGGAUUUGGGAAUCAUCCAAGCAAAAACAAGGAGUCUUCGGGACAGGUGGAGUGAAGUCACCAGGAAGUUGGAAUUCUGGGUUCAGAUCUUGGAACAGAAUGAGAAUGGUGAAUACUGCCCCGUGGAAGUGAUUGCCGCAAAAGAUGUCUCAACAGGGGGGAUCUUCCAGCUCCGGCAGGGGCAGUCCCGGCGAGUUCAGGUCGAAGUGAAGUCUGUGCAGGAGUCAGGGACCUUACCACUGAUGGAAGAGUGCAUAGUGUCGGUUGGCAUCGGGUGUGUCAAAGUUCGACCACUCAGGUCCCCCAAGACCCACGAGGCCUCCCAUGAGGAAGAGGAGGACAUGGACAGCUACCAGGAUAGGGAUUUAGAGAGGCUGCGUAGAAAAUGGCUCAAUGCAUUAACCAAGCGUCAAGAAUACUUGGAUCAGCAACUGCAGAAGCUCGUCAGUAAACGUGACAAAACUGAGGAUGAUGCCGACCGAGAGGCACAGCUCCUGGAGAUGCGGCUAACUCUCACAGAGGAGAGAAAUGCAGUGAUGGUGCCCUCUGCUGGCAGUGGCAUUCCAGGGGCACCAGCAGAAUGGACCCCAGUGCCUGGAAUGGAGACCCACAUUCCUGUCAUAUUCCUGGACUUAAACGCGGAUGAUUUCAGCUCUCAGGAUAAUCUCGAUGACCCAGAAGCCGGAUGGGAUGCUACCCUGACUGGGGAAGAGGAGGAGGAGUUCUUUGAGCUGCAGAUUGUGAAACAGCAAGAUGGGGAGGCAAAGGCGGAGGCCUCCUGGGACUCCGCAGUGCACAGCUGUCCUCAGCUCAGUAAAGGCACUCCUGCUGAUGAGCGAGUGUUCCUCAUCCUGCGAGUGACCGUCCAGCUCAGCCAUCCUGCCGACAUGCAGCUGGUCCUACGCAAGAGGAUUUGUGUCCAUGUUCACGGGCGCCAGGGCUUUGCUCAAAGUCUGCUAAAAAAGAUGUCUCAUCGGAGCUCUAUUCCUGGCUGUGGAGUGACCUUUGAAAUUGUCUCCAAUAUCCCAGAGGAUGCCCAGGGAGUGGAGGAGCGAGAGGCACUGGCAAGGAUGGCAGCUAAUGUGGAAAACCCAGCUUCUGCUGACUCCGAGGCCUAUAUUGAGAAGUACUUGAGGAGUGUGCUGGCUGUGGAAAACCUCCUGACUUUAGAUCGCCUUCGUCAGGAAGUGGCUGUGAAGGAGCAGCUGACAGGGAAGGGGAAGCUGAACCGGAGGAGUAUUAGCUCUCCCAGCAUGAACAGAUUGUCUGGGAGCCGGCAGGAGCUCAGCCCAUCCCACAGUCUGGGCAGCAACAAGGGCCGGUGGGAAAGUCAACAGGAUGUAUCCCAAACGCUAGUUUCCAGCGGAAUAGCUUCAGGGCCUUCAGCUCGCCCUGCUUCUCCCCAAAAUAACCAGUCUCCCGAUCCUGGACUGGGUGGCUUAGCAGCCUCUUACUUGAACCCCGUGAAGUCCCUGGUGCCACAGAUGCCAAAGCUGCUGAAGUCGCUCUUCCCUGUCCGUGAUGACAGGCGGGCCAGACACUCGUCUCCCCUCGCACACCAGCCCGUGCCCCGAAUCUUGGUGCAGCCUACCUUCUCAGAUGCCCGGGCAACAAGGACAGAGGAGGUUCACCGAGGCAGCCCUGUGCCCAGUGGGGCUUUGGAGUCCAUGGUGCCGACGGUGGGCCCCGCAGUAAAGAUCUGUGACAAACCUGUCAAAGUGGCUUCCUCUCCAUCUACCGUGGUGGUUACUCACGCCCCAGAAGGGCAGGAUGGACCCCCCAGCCCCUUGAGCGAAGCUUCCAGUGGCUACUUCUCCCACAGCGUCUCCACUGCCACCUUAUCAGAGACGUUCACUCUAGGCCUGGACACCUCAGGCCCCGGCAACCAGACACCUGGGUCCCCCUCUGCCCCGAGUCAGGUCACCCCAGAGCCUGAGCUGGCUUUCCUCUCCUGUACACAGAGCCAUCCACCUGCCCCGGAGGAGCCCCAGGCACUGCCUGCCACACCUAGUCAAAGCACAGAGCUGGAGGUUCCCAGACCACCUCUUCUUUCUGAACCCACAUCUGCAGUACCCACAUCCCCAUUCCGAAUCCGGAAAGUGCGGACCUCAGAGCUUAAGUCCUUCACAGGCAUGCUGGGGGGUGUCUCCUCUGGCGCUGAGGAGGACCCACUGGCUUCAGAAGAGCUCAGCAAUGCUACAGUUCAUGGGAGGCUGGAAGUGACAUCCGACUCUGAGGAGGCCGGCGAAGUCCCUGAGUGGCUCAGAGAGGGAGAGUAUGUUGUUGUGGGCACCAACAAGACGGGUAUUGUGAGGUUCAUUGGACCCACUGAUUUCCAGGAGGGAACAUGGAUUGGUGUGGAGCUGGACCUGCCUUCAGGAAAGAAUGAUGGCUCCAUUGGCGGGAAGCAGUAUUUCAGAUGCAACCCUGGCUAUGGGCUGCUGGUGAGGCCAAGCCGAGUCCGCAGGGCUGCAGGCCCUGGGCGCAGGCGCAGUGCAGGGCUCCAGCCUCAGGGAGCCCCAGAGGCCCGCAGGAGUGCUACCAUCUCGGGCUCUGCCACCAACCUGGCCUCACUGACAGCUGCAUUGGCCAAGGGCGACCGGAGCCACAAGAACCCCGAGAACCGGAAGUCCUGGGCCAGCUGAAUUGCACCUCCUCUGGUGGACACUGAUGGGAAGGGAAGGAGCUGGCAGCUCCCCGGAGGACACCCCUUCCAUGGGAGCAGGGCCAUGAAUGCUUUUUGCACGAUGCAGGGAUGGUGGACAGCCUGGUUCUCCGUCCUCCCUGGGAACCUGGAAGCUGCAUUUCUUCCUCUACUUGAAGAAGGCAGAGGCUCCUUAGCUGUGCUCCUCCGGUUGGGGGUGGAAGGUUCUGGGAGCCCAGAGACUUGUGGGAUGGUAGCUGGGUAGCAGGGCUGGAGUCAGGCCAGCUCCUCCCUGCCUGCUUGAAAUGAGGGCGUCCCAGCCAGGUUUGUUGGGCUUCCCUUUUCCUUAUUCUGCUGACUUUACUAAUGUCUUAGUUUGUGUCUUGCCCUUCACACACAGGAAUUCAUUCUCCUGCCCGGGGACCAGCACCCACACCAUCCUCUCUGUGCGCCGGGUGCUUCCUCAGUCCCCCAACCAUGUCCCAUCCUUCUGUGGGGCACACAGGGCUUCUGGGGGGGCAUCUCUGCAGGUGUCCAAUCUUUACAGCAGAAAGUCUUUUCUGUUGGCUAUUCAUUUCCUAACAGGAUGCUUGAACUCUAUUUAUUUAAUUUAUUCUUUUCAAAGCUGAAAUGACUCGUGAACCACAACUGCUGUCUGUCAGAGGGUGUUUGCCUAGGGCCUGCCUUGCACUGGCCUCUGGCUACCUGGAGCUGCAGCCUCUUGGUGGCUGCUGGAGGUGGCCAGCAAAUGAAGCCACCCUUGUGUUGCUUGACUGCAGAUACAUCGUAACCUUAUUGUCACUGGGGUGAAGGCAGACCCUGGGGUUGGACACAGCUCAGGCCAUCAACACCUUGUUUGGAUCUGCCAUGUUUCAGGGAACAACUGGAUAGUGUUUGACUCCAUGAUAAUUCCUAAACCCUGACUACACCUGGGCCAGCAGCUGGGCAGGUAGGCAGUGAGGAGAGAACUGUCCUCAUUUUCCUUCCUCGGAUAUGUGCUGCAGCCAUGGUCUAUCCCAAGGCAUUACCAUCCACCUCCUUGCUGGGAUGUGUGUGGCCUCUGAGUCAAAGAAAUCUGUGUAGGGGGCUGAGCGGGCAGGUCAAAGUCACCCAGUCUCUGUUGUUCCAGGCCCUGCCCUAUGUCAGAAUUUACACCAGGUAUUCUUGGCAGCUUGUUGUAAGUUUUGACUCUCAGAAUCUUUGAUUUUUCAACAAGGUUUCUUUGUCUAACAGUCCUGGCUGUCCUGGAACUCACUUUGUAGAACAGGCUGGCCUCAAAUUCACAGAGAUCUGCCUGCCCCUGUGACCCUUAAGAACCACACCCAGAAAGCUUUUGCUGAGGAAUUGGUUCAGUGAGGAUUUAAGCCUCCGAAGGAAGUAGCAGCAGGCUCCCAGGCCCCUGCCAGGUCCUCAGCCUCCCUGACCCUGUGGCCUCGGUGCUAGUAUUGCUGGCACUCCGUCUGGACAGUCUGUGUUGUCUGAUUAGCCCAGUAUAAACGCCACCACAUCUGCUUGCCCACACCUUGACCAGGGGCUGGCUUAGAGCCAGAAGGGUGGAUGGUCUCCCGGCAGAGGUGCAGACUCUGCCUUGUGCCUGCACAGAAGCCCCAGCCGAGGAGUUGAGUGGUGUUCUGUUCUUGUCAACAGGGGUCUGGGCUGGCAGAGGUUCUGCCAGCAGAGACCUGCCUCCAUCCCCUUCUGGAACAGUACAGAUGUCUGGAGUUGCCAGCUAGAGGCGGGCACCAGCCCUCUCGUUCCCUCGGCUGGCAUUUGGGGGAUACCCUCUAGGUGUGUGUUGCUCAGUUAGCACUGCCAGUGGUCUGAAAUCUCGCUAGCUGGAGCUCUCCAGAGCAGUGCAAGUCCUGAGUGAUGUAGCUUGGCCAGCUGUUGUCUGGUGGUUCUGGGACCACCUUCUCUCCUUCCUCUUGGCUGCUUGGACCUGAGGUUCCCCCAGCCCUUCUCACCCCCAGGCUGCCGUAGAGUUCCCCCUGCCUCCAAAAAGUACCAUUUCCACCGAGCCCUGCAGGACACCCUUCAGGUGAAGCGCUCCAGCUUCACAGGCAGCUGGCCAGAGCACCUGGUCCAGGGCAGCUCCGCCAUGGUCUCCAGUGGGGCCCAGCUUUGGAGCUGUUUUGUAAGGGCAGUCUGUCUUCACAGAAGGCUCUGUCAUUCUUGUACCUCGGUGCUCGGGAUGGAAGUGAAGUUUGGGGGCUCAUGCUGGCAAGUUUAUCUGCAUGGGUGUUUCUUAUGAGCCGUCCCUAUGGCUGAGGGGACCCUGUGUGUCUGCUCUGAGGGCAGGGAGGUGACCUCAGGAAAGCUGGCACUUCAGGCUGGGUCUGAAGAUGUGGAUCUUAAGUCCUUGCAGGCCCUUACUGCACCUGGGUUGCACUGUGACCCACAUGUCCCCUGCGGACUAAAGAGUAAGCUUUGCUCUUUCUGGGCUGCUACACUAGAUGAGGCCAGCCAGGGCCAGCUGCAGCCUCUGUCCAGUACUUACUGCUCUUUGGAGCAGACUAACACUACUUGCAGCUGGAAGUGAUGAGAUAUAUAGGGUCAUGGUCGCUAACAUAUGAGGUAGUGGGAGGCAGGUAGUGGGUGUGUAGUUGGGUCCCAGGUCUAAGGGGCAGAGAGCCAUUGUUUCUGGGCUGUGUUUAAUGAUGUGGUCCUUGAGGAGUUCAGAGGUAUAGAUGAUGUUUCCACGGCUGUGGUCUUGCCCACCACCUCAUGCCGUAGUGGUUCCCUGUGGGACGCAGGUGAGUGGCUGAGGUAGCAUCCAUCUACCUGCCCAAGCUGCCUGUGCUGUGUGUUGCCCAUGGAGGGUAAUGUGAAGCUUCUUGUGCCUCAAGGCCCAGGUCACCUCAGGUCGGUGACUAUAGGGCCAUCUCUAGUGCCUUCCCUGGGGCCAGUGUCUAGCCUGUGCUUCCAGCCCCAGACACUACCCAAAGCAUCUUUUUCUUAAAGUCUGUGGUGCCUUCCUGUCAGGCUGUGGACACUCAUGGUUUUGGGAGAGUUGGGACAACAUGGGUGUGUGGAUCAUGUAAAUAUGAGCUCACAUGAAGUGAUGUUGAUUCCAGGAUUACAGUGAUCUAGUACAUAUUAAAUGGGAGUUAAAAAUCCAAAGACCCUGUAAUGAAUAGUAAAGAUGAUUGAUGAUCUAUGUUGUACGAUGAACCAAACUACUGUAAUUUUGUACCAUAAAUGCCUUUCCAUGAAGUGACCAACAGCUUCUAAAUAAAGCCAGAUGGUUUCUUGCUUA